AUGUAUAUCCGGGACGCUGCCUUUGCUGCCGCGAACCUGACGGCUCUUUAUGCUCCGUAUUUAUCCAAAAGUACUGAGAUUAUUCUGCCGUCGGAUGCUGCUUGGAACACUAGUGUCGAACAACGGUGGACUGUCUUUGCACCGCCAACUUAUCUUGGCGCUAUCAAGCCUGCCACAGAGCAGGAUGUUGCAAAAAUUGUCCAAAUCUCCGUGUCCAAUGGCAUCCCGUUCAUGGCAACUGGAGCCGGUCAUGGUGCCUCUGUGACUUUGGAGACUUUCAAGAACGGGAUUGAUAUUGAUCUCGGAAACUUCAACACAGUCACCAUAGAUGAAAAGAACAGUCUCGUUACCAUCGGAGGAUCUGCCCAGUUCCAACAGGUCUACGACCCUCUUUUUGCUGCCGGAAAAGAAUUCCCUACGGGCGGUGGUCCUUGUGUCGGGGUUUUAGGAGCCACCCUGGGCGGUGGCGUCACGCGUCUCAUGGGCGUUCAUGGAAUGGUCGUCGACCUCUUGCAAUCAGUCAACAUCGUUACUGCUGACGGAAAGCUUCUGACUGCUUCCGAGAUUGAGAACUGCGACCUUUUUUGGGCAGUUCGCGGUGCUGGCCACAACUUUGGCAUCAUCACUUCUGCUACAUUCAAGGCCCCUAGCCUCCGUAAUAACGGUCAAUACCUCAAUGCCGAUUUCGCUUUCCCAGCGAGCGCCAAUAGGUCAUUCUUUGAGGCAGUAGAAGCUUUCAAUGACAACCUCCCCGCUGAGCUUGCUUUACAAAUCACUGUUACCCCAGGCCCGGGCAUCACGUUCAAUGCCGUUUACUUCGGUGCCGAGGCCGAUGGCAUAGCGCUUAUUCAACCAUUCCUCGACUUACCCAGCACGAAACAGAACAUCUCUGUUGUACCAUGGAAUGAACUACCCAACGUACAAGACUUUGGAACCGAUUUCGGCACGUGCAACAAGAAUAGCGAGACCGAUUUCUAUGGCAUGGGUCUCAAGAAUAUUAAUGCUGCUACAUACGGGAGCUUCUUCGACGAGUUGGCUGAGUUUUAUACCCAGCAUCCGACAAUUUCUCCUAUCUGGGUUACCCAGAGAUAUUCAACCAAACAAUCUCUCACAGUUCCGGAAACCGCGACUGCUUACGCCCACCGUGAGCUGGGAGCGCACCAGCUGUUCAUCACCUCGGUCACCAACCCUACCGAUGCUGACACCCUCUCAACAUUCAUGAAGAAUGCCCGUAAUGAGUUUCAGGCAACCGCAGGUACCUCUGAGUUGUCCAUCUAUGUCAACUACGCGCAUGGUGAUGAAGGUCCCGCAGUCUGGUACGGAGAUAACCUGCCUCGACUUCAGCAGCUCAAGAAGAAAUGGGAUCCUAAUGGUCGCUUCAACUCUUAUAACCCCAUUUCUUAA